GCCGCCAUGGCCAGCGAGGAGCUGGCGUGCAAACUUCAGCGCCGGCUGCGGCGCGAGGAGGCCGAGGCGGGGGACCCCCAGCCCGCGCCCCUCGCCGCCCGGGUCCCGGAGCCCAAGCCGGAGCCUCCCGCCCCGGCGCUCCCGGCCAGCGCCGACGCCGAGCUGAGCGCGCAGCUGAGCCGCCGGCUGGACAUCAACGAGGGCGCGGUGCGGCCCCGCCGCUGCAAGGUCUUCAACCCCUACACCGAGUUCCCCGAGUUCAGCCGCCGCCUCAUCAAGGACCUGGAGAGCAAGUUCAAGUUGUACGACGCCGGGCGGGACGGCUUCAUCGACCUCAUGGAGCUGAAGCUGAUGAUGGAGAAGCUGGGGGCCCCCCAGACCCACCUGGGCCUGAAGAGCAUGAUCAAGGAGGUGGACGAGGACUUCGACGGCAAGCUCAGCUUCCGGGAGUUCCUGCUCAUCUUCCACAAGGCCGCGGCGGGGGAGCUGCAGGAAGACAGCGGGCUGAUGGCGCUGGCCAAGCUCUCCGAGAUCGACGUCGCCCUGGAGGGCGUCAAAGGUGCCAAGGACUUCUUUGAGGCCAAGGCCCAGGCCUUGUCAUCUGCCAGUAAGUUUGAAGCUGAGCUGAAAGCUGAGCAGGAUGAGCGGAAGCGCGAGGAGGAGGAGAGGAGGCUCCGCCAGGUGGCCUUCCGGGAGCUGAAGGCCACGUUCAGCACCUAGUCCAGCCGACCUUGACCCCCGUCCACAGCUGUGCCUCACACAUUCCCCUGGGAGACAUGGCCGGGCGUGUCCACCCCGAACCAGCCACCACCCCCACCGCCCCAUGCCAGCUCCUAGUCCUGGGGGUGGCAAGGGGCUGCCUUCCUCCUUCCCAGCGCCCUGGGAUGGCCAAGUGUCCCGUUCCCCUCCCUGCCCUCACUCCUCACCCUUCCUGGGGGCCAGACGCGGCAGCCUCCUUGCUUCCCAUCGUUGACUGUUCCCUGGGCGGCCGGCACUGUCACGUGCAUCCACUCAGCUGCUGCUGUCUCCCGUGGUCCUCCAGCAAAUGCCGCCCGUCUCCCUGGUGAUGCCUCUCUCUCUUUCCUCCCUUGUGUGUCCCGCCCCACUGCCCUGUCCUCAUCCCUGCGGUGAUGGGGAGGGGUGGAGAGGAGAGGCCAGGAUGGAGCCCUACCCAGCCCCUCUCCAGCAGGGGCGCAGCACGCAGCCAGGGUGACCUCGAACAAAGACAGGCAGUUCUGGUCCUCCCAAGUGCCUCUGCCCUGGCCCCUUGGCCUCCUGCCAGCCCCAUCCCCGUCCCCGUCUUCUCGUUUCAGCUUUUUCCUACUCUCACACCGCGCUACUUAACUGUAAGAAUGAAAGAAUCACUAGAAGUAAUAAUAAUACGUAGAAGAAUGUCCAUGCCGACUCUAUGCAGAUUCUACGCCAGUCCCCUGGCAUCCCGCGGAACAGGUCCAGGCUUUUUAAGCCCCGGAGCGCCGUCCUCGCCGCCGAGCCGUUUCCAGCAUGCGCUCCCAGGUGUCCGGGUGAAGGGGGCCUUCCCCCGGGACAGACUUUUAUAUCUUGCGAUUUCUUGGGCUCGCUCUCAGAUGCCAGGGGCUUGCUAUAUUUUUACAAAAUAUAUUUCCUAAUGUCAUAUUUAUUACUUCUCUUUUGUAACUGCUGUCUUCACAAUAAAGCAAACGCCUGCCUUUCUCCCUUACAGCUAGCUGUUUCUUUUUAAAUAAACUAUGCAAACGAAC